AUGCAGUUCUUCUUCCCCAGGAAACAUCGUCACUAUAAAGUGACCCUCUACUUGAUGGUCGUCGAGUUCCCGAUCACGGUCGUCUUCUUGACUCUAACGGGUAUCGCAUCGCACAAUCUGUAUCAGACAUUUCUAUGGCAGGAUGGUGCAGACAAUGGUUUCAACAGCGCCCCCGAUGAGGCUCUUUACGCCGCUGCUAAUUACCGGCCAUACAAAGCGCCUAUGGUGUGGUCAUCAUUCCUGACCAACUACAACCUGGUCAUUGGAGUACUGAGCACCUUCUUAUUGAUCGUGAAAUUCCCUAUCCACUGCAUGCACCUGUUUUUCCCUCCUAUCGCUGCAACAAUUCAUGGAGCCAUCAUGAUCAUCUACAUUGUGUCGGCAAGCUUUCAAGCAGGAAGUGACAUGUCAGAUCCCAGCCACCCCCAACCCGGACCGCCCUGGUAUAUUACCAAGAGCUGCAGCGUCGCAGCCCACAAGUCGAAUAUCGGGUAUUGCGAGCAGGCGAAAUCACUCUUCGCCGUUUGCGUUAUCAUUAUCGUCGUCUACUUUGUGGAAUUCUGUAUCAGCGUCCAUUCGUGCUUCAUCACCCCGGAGGAACGCGAAGAGAUUCUGGAGCAGAGAGAAGAGAAGAAGAUCGAAAAGGAAUUCGAAGAAGAGAUCCUCAAGUCUCCUAGCAUGAUCCCCUUGACCCCAGGCCCACCUCCACCUGGACACAUGAACCCAGGCUUCAUGCCGCAUCAUGGUAUGGUACCUCGUACCCCAGGCUUCCCACCCACGGCCGCAACGGGCUACGUCAAGAACGGAGCCCCCGUCUCGCCAUUCACCCGGCGCACUUUGGGCUUCAACCGACUCGGUGACAACAAUGGAAGUACAUCAUCGGAUCUUCCACUGCGGAAUAACUCCAACGUGUCCACGCCCCAAAUGCCAGCGCGUAUAACGACUACGGAGCUCGGGGCACCAGCGUCAUCGAUGUACUUCCCUCCGCCCCCGAAGAAGGCAAGCAAGAACUGA